AUGACGAGAAAUUUCGUUGCAGCGAUCUAUUUCGAAACUAUUACAAGACAUCUUCAUAUAGCUCAUGUCAGUAUUGUCAUUUAUGCAGUUUUAGUCGAAAACAUGACUUUUGGUUUUGGUGAACUAUUGCGAAAGUUGCGGCUGUAUACAGUGAACUUCAAUAUCUUCUCAUCGAUUCCACCAUCGGACGAUCAAUACGAACUUCAAACUCAGCGUAUCUCUACACGAUUGUUUAUCAUCCUCCUCGCUCUCUCACUGAUCAUUCUCAUACUCUACACAUCCCUCAUCAACGGCACUCAAACGGUCAAUGUCGACUCACCAACCAUGGCACGAUACCUCCAGUUAUACUCCACCUAUCCACAAACACUGUCAUGUGAUUGCAAACAAAUAUCGAUCAACUACGCCAUAUUUGUGCACUUGAACUAUAGUCUACAUCAGAUCUGCAGUAGUGUCUUCACUAUACCAAAGAUUGGAUCAAUUAUAUGCUACGUGUUCGUGGAAUAA